AUGGCAAUCGACUUCUCCAUCUACAUUACCAAGAGGAAUGCACCAUACAUCAUCUGGACUGUUAUCGCGAUAGUUUGUGCGCUGUUCUUUCUGCUCUCAAGCCGCGCGGUGCCGAAGAGCAACGGCGGGCCGUCGAAGAUGCAGCAGCGGCGCCGGGUGAGCAUCUCCCUAGAUGGCCUCCUGCUGGGCCUUUCGGACAGCGGGCCUGCUAUCGCCAACUUCUUGGAGAUAUGUCAAUGCUGCGAGGUGUUCGCCUUCGGCCUAGCUGACAGUGACGACCGGGAGGAGAAGGUCUGGCGAAUGUUCGAGUCGCUGGGCGCCUUCCAAGCGGGCUUCAAGAGGCACCGGCUCAUGUUCUCGAGUACCUCUGAGGGCCGAGCUUCCAUGGUCCGGCAGCUGCAGCCAGACCUCCACCUCGAGGCGUCACCAGAGGUUGCGGAGGCGUUGCUUGGCAAGGUCCCGGAGGUGCGCCUUGUAGAGGCGCUUCCAAGCGUCAAGGAGGUCUUGUGA